AGGGAUUUUGUUGGAGCUGGAAGCACGGCGGGGAGCCGAGGGUUAAUUGUCGCUGGUUAAUGAUCCCAAGGUCAUUAAGAGCAGGGAAAGCUGAUCCAGGCUGGCGAUGGAAUUCCUGGAAUUCACCUGCUGAGCUGGGAUCGCCGUCCCCGCCCCCGUGGAUUCCCGAACUCUGGAAGAGCCGCGAUCCCAUCCCAAGCUUUUCCCAAGCCUUGGGGAAGCUCCGGCAGCCCCGGGAGAAUUUUCCCUCCUUCCCAUGGAAAUCUCUGCGGAUCCCGGCGGGAAUGGGGAGCUGCGGGAGCCCCGGGAGAAAUCCGGGCUGGCCCCGGAUCCCGGCACGAGAAUCCAGAGGAGCGAGGCUGGGGAAUCCCAGAACAAAUCCAUGGAUGGAAUCCGAGCAGGAGGAAAAGCAACCGAAGCUCAACUGCGCUGAAAUCUCCCGAAAUCCGGUGAAAUAUUUCCAAUUUCGGCCUUUCCUGGAGAAAAGACAAAUCCGGGCCCUUCCCUCCAUCCCGGAUUGUCAUUCCCCGCUCCCCAGAGCCGAGGCCGAAGAGUUUGGAACCAUCCCGGACAUUCCCCUCUGGCGCUCCGUGCCUCAGUUUCCCUCCCCCCAUUCCCGGGGUUUGGGGUUCUCCUGCCGCCCGGGAAUCGGGAGCGGAAGGAUGGAAAUGCCCCGGAGCUGGGACACGGAUCCGCCUCCUUCGCUGCGGGCAGCGAUUCCCGGGGAAACUCCGCCCUGUUCCAGGGAGCGAACUUGGGGGGAUGCUCCUGCUCCUGUGCCCUGGGGAUUUUCCAGCCCCGCUUCCCUCGGGAAUGUUCCGGCCGCGGUUCCCCCUGUCCCGCUUCCCCCGGGAAUAUUCCAGCCCCGAUUCCUUCUCUCUCAUUUCUCCCGGAAAAACUCCAGCCCCGAUUCCCCCUGUCCCGGUUCUACCGGGAAUAUUCCGGCCCCGAUUCACCCCGUCCAUGACCUGAUUUCCCGGGGGAUGCUCCAGCCGCGGUUCUUCCAGGAGAUUCUCCGGCCCCGGAUUCCCAAGGGAUGCUCCUGGCCCGGGUUCCCCCUGUCCCGUUUUUCCCGGGAGUUUCUCCUAUCCCGGUUAUCCCGGAGAUUUUCCAGCCCCGUUUUUCCCGGAGGACUCUCCAUUCCCACUUCCCUCCUCCCCUGCCCCUCUCCCGGCCCGGGGCGGGCUCUGGAGGGGCGGGAGCGGCCCCGGGGGGAGUGA